AUGGCUAUCGCUCAAAGGUCAGGGCUCCCAGACGAUAUCUCCGAGACACGACAUGCGGCAAUCUUUGGCGUGGGCAUUGGCUUCAUCGUUUUUGACUCCCUCGUUGUCACGCUGCGCAUUUAUGCCCGUGCUUUCAUGCUGCGCGCUCUGGGGACGGACGAUAUUCUGAUGAUAAUCGGCGCGAUACUCAACUUCGGAUUAUCGAUAACAAUCAUGAUCGGCUCCCAAUACGGGAUCGGAAAACAUGCGCUUGCCAUAACGGAAAGCGACACUGUGCCUAUGCUAAAGUGCAUCUGGGUGACGCGUAUCUUCUACACGCUUUCUAUGGGGCUGGUCAAAAUGUCCUUACUGUGGUUCUACCUGCGCCUGGAUCCCCGUAGAUCCAUGCGCUGGGCUGUCUUCCUCGUUAUGUUCCUCAACAUCGGACUAUCCCUCGCGAGCUUCAUCGGCUCACUCGCCAGCUGCAGUCCUCCAUCCUUGUUCUGGACGAACCCAACAGGGGAUAGCCGCUGCAUGUCCCUAGACGCACAGCAGCUAUUUUACGAGGUUAAUGGCGUGUUGAACAUCGUGACGGACAUCCUGAUCUAUCUCCUCCCCGUUCCAAUGCUCUACGGCUUACAGGUGACCUGGCGCAAGAAGGGGGCUAUCCUGGGAGUCUUUGGGCUCGGGAUUCUAUCCAUUGCUGCUGCCUGCGUUCGCUACAACUUCGUGAGGAGACUUACCUCCGCCGAAGAGGAAUAUUACCUCCUUCUGGCUGACUCUCUCAAUUGGUGCACGAUCGAGGCUUACGUUGCCAUUUUCUGCGGCUGCGCCCCUUCCCUCUCCGUCCUGAUCAAGGCGUACGCUCCCUCAAUCUUCGGCUCCAGCACGGCCAAAAAUUCCCACGGCGCGCAAUUGCCCGGAACGAGUCAUUUGCAGCAACGAAGCGCUCGGAAGGCCCAUCGGCGUCGGGGUCUGGCCGAUACGACGCUGGGGAGCCAGGAUGCCAUCGUUACUGGCAGCACCCCCGAUCAUCUGGACCAGGAUGGGAUUAUGAUGAAGACAAUAAUACAGACGUAUGUUACCAUGCACCAUGCAGGUGUCGACGGAGGCGGAAACUCAUCAGAGGGAGUAUUGUGA